CUUAUCCCGAUACAGAACGUCAUUUCAAUUAUUAUUCAAAUCAAUCCUGUAAAAAGUGUCAAAAAAAAAACAGAGACGUCAGGCCGGCCUUGAUAAAAUUCAAAAUAUUUUUUUUCUUCAAUUUAUUUCUGACUGAUUUUAGACAUCACUUUAACGUUUAGUUAAACAACCUGUUUGCGAAAAAGGACGCGUUGUCGCGGUUUGGGAAAUUACAAUUUUCUUUCAUGGUAUAAGAGGAUUUAACGGAAAAGUGGUUAAAUCCAAUCGGUCAUCAUGCCAAGGGCUUUCUUGAUGACCCACAGGCGGUACCAGGAGAAAGAGGAAUCUGGUGAUAAAACAGGCUUAAGUCCGGAACAUUCUGUGAGCACUGGAGAAGCGGAAAACAUGGCAGAUAUCCAGAUGUCAGACAGCAGUUCCGACCUUCCUGACGAACUGUACAAUCUGACUAAACUCGCUGAAGUGGCUGUAGCUACAGGCCAAAUUUUGGAAAGAAGCCAACAGACAUUUGGAAGAUCUACCGGUCUGGAUAUAGAAAACCACCAUUAUUUACCGGAACAAGAAAACAUGGAUCAAAGGGAUCGCGAAAAGGAGAAACAUUUCAUCACCUACACGCACAAACUAUUCGACAAAAGCUCCAGAGCUCCCAGACCGCACUUAUUAAAGACUGAACAAUUAAGCCAGACCCUAUUUAACAUGUCCAAAGCGCAGCCCCUGCCUCUACCAAACAGCACCACUAGUGAGAUUUCCAGUAUUAGCAGCAGCACUUCCCCAGAAUUAAAUGAGCACGAGUGUCAGGAAUGUGGAAAGAGAUACAGUACAUCCAGUAACUUAGCCAGACAUCGUCAAACCCAUCGUAGUCCAGGCGACAAGAAGGCGCGACGCUGUCCCCACUGCGACAAGCUUUACGUCAGCAUGCCGGCCUAUUCCAUGCACGUCCGCACUCACAAUCAAGGAUGUAAGUGCCAGUAUUGUGGAAAAUGCUUUUCCAGGCCCUGGCUACUUCAAGGACACAUUAGGACACAUACUGGCGAAAAACCCUUUCGCUGUACCAUUUGUUCCAAAGCUUUCGCCGAUAAAUCCAACCUGCGUGCCCACAUCCAGACACAUUCCAACACCAAACCGCACGUGUGUGGCCGAUGCGGCAAAGCUUUUGCCCUCAAGUCUUACUUAUACAAGCACGAGGAAUCUUCUUGUAUGAGAAUGAAUCGACAUUCUUCCAGGGAAAAUUCUCCUGAUAAAGAUAAGUCGGUAUCGUCGCCCACUCCAGUAAUAGUCACCCCCACUCGUUUAACCGAUACAGUGAUCCGUUCUGCAGACGUAAUCAGAUCACCGAUGCUCUACAGAUCGACUGUGAUCUCUCCCAAUCCAGAAAGGAUCCUCUAUAGUACCAUCAAACAUCCCUCCAUGGUGCUGUUCAAUCACAUGUUGACCCAAGACCAACCGGUCGAUUUCUCUAAGAACUCUUCAGGAUUUGGUGGGGGUAAGAGGGGCGAGGGUGGAUAUUCUAGAAUGGCCAUUAAGGUCUAACGUUUGUCUGACUAAUGGAACGAACUUUAUUACUUUAUUCAGUACGGCUUUACUGUAUUGAACAGAGAAAACAUUAGUCUUUUAACAUUAGUCUUAAACAUUAGUUUUUUUUUGACAGAUAGGGGUAGUUAGUUGUGGUAAUCCUGAGUUUGCUUACAAUCCAAAGGAAGUCAACUCUAUUUGAUUCGAACACCAUUUUCAGCACAAAAAUACUAUUUUUUUUAAGCAUUUGCAUUGUAUUACAGGUCUAGAGUCCAGGUAUAGGAGUACACUAUAUUCUCUAAUUGCGUCUCUUCUUUUUUAUAUUUUUGCAAUUUUUUUUACUAAUUGAUAUAAAAGAUCCAAUCAGGUUUACAAUAACCAUAUAUCGGCACUGAAGUCACUUCUGAAAUUUUUAUUCACGUACUUUUCCAGAACAUUCGGUAUUCUCAGUUCUCUGGAAAAGCUCUUUAAAUGCCUCUAAUUUGCUCCAUUUAGAUUAAGAUUUUGACUUUUCAUUUAGUUCUAUCUUCCUGUCUUAGUUCUACGCUAGAUUAGUGUAAAUAUCUUCGAAAAUUUUGGAAAAUUUUUUGACAUUAAUAAACUUAAGAAUUGGAGGCUGACAUCUAUGUAACUUUGAAAAACCAGUUAGGUCAAUUUUCCAAGAUGACUUAAAUGUUAAUGAAGUAUCUGGAACAACCUGCAGAUGACCGUAAGGUCAACUUGAAUUUUCUCGCUUGAAUUAUAAUAGAUCCCCUUAUGUCACUUUUUUGUAUUUUUCAAUAUACUAUACCAAGCAUGGGUGAUUUUUUCCACUGAUUUUUGGUAAUUUCUACAGAUUUUAUGUCUUUGGUGGGAACUAUGGUAAGAACUAGUGGUACCAGAGUGAUUAAGGAUUACUGGGAGAACCUGGAAUAUCAUAUAUACAUAAAAUUCAUAUAUAAAUUGUCACUCAUAUAACUUUCCGGAACAUUUGAUAUUCUCAAUUAUUUAAAAAAGCUCUAAUACUCUUGCAAUUUACUGCAUUUAGUUCUUUCAUUCUUUUAAGUUCUCCUAGGGAUGAGAAUAGCUUAUCUCUUGCACGUUUAUUGACCUUUAACGAAUUUUAAAUGUAAUGUUUUUUUUUAACUUAAGUAGUAAUUUUUACACUGUUUUUCUAUUAUUUUCCAGACAUUUUAAGUUAAUUUUCUAUAUCAAUUGAUAUUCCAAACUCCCUGGAAAAGCUCUUGCGGUUGCUUGAAGAGCCUAGAAUAAUCUAUCCUACUCUAAAUUUAACUUCAAAAUCACUUUAUUUAAUUUUCGUCACUGGUUCGUCAAGGUAGGAUAGUAUUUGUAAUAAGCACAGUUAGGCAUGGAGAUCAUCUUUCACCUAUGUCAUUUACGUAUCUUUCCAAAUUAUUUAGUAUUCCAAAUUCUCUGGAAUAGGUCUUAAGGAUUACUUAGAGAACCUGCAAUAAUCUUCGAACUAUACGAUGGAUAAUCUGGAUGGCUUCAGCGCAUUUUAUCGUCUUUAAUUUGGCAUUCAGAAUUCUAUGGAAUAACUCUUGCGGCUUACGUGGAGAGCUUGUAUAUUUUUCAAUGUAUUUUUUUCAGAUCAAUUAAUUCUCCAAACUCCCUGAAAAAGCUCUUGAGCUUUACUUAAAGAUCGUAAAUUUGUUCUAUUCCAGAUUAAACUUGUAUCAUUUUAUUUAAUUUUUCCAUUGGUUCAUUCAAAUAUCAUAAUGAGCAUAGUUAGGUAUUCAGAUCUAUUUCAACUUUGAACUUUAUCAUUGGUGUACGUUUCCAGAUGAAUUCCAAAUUCUCUGAAAUAGCUCCUGAGACUUGCUUGAAGAGCCUGGAAUAAUCUUUAAACUUCUUUAAGGACAGCCUGGAUGGUUCUUCAGAGUUUUUUAUUUUCCUUAAUUUGAUAUUCCAGAUUUUCUUAAAUAAUUUUUGUGGUUGACGUAGAGAGCCUGUAAUAGUUCAAUCACUGCUCUAAAGCAAACUUACAGUGUUCUGUUUAUUUUUUUUACUGGUUCUUCUAGAUGAGAUGGUAUUUGAAAUUUGCACAAUUUGACAUUGAGAUAAUCUUCAAACCAUGUCAUAAGUAUAAAGUCCCAGAUUAAUUAGUAUUCCAAACUGUCCGGAAUAGCUCUUGGGUCUUGCUUGGAUAGGCUGCAAUAAUCUUUACACUAGGCUCAGGCAACCUGGAUUGUUCUCCAUGGCACUUUAUGAUCUUAAAGUUGCUAUUCCCGACUAUCUGGUAUAGACUCUUGCGGCUUGCAUGAAGAGCCUGUAAUAAUUUUUAAAUGCUCUUAGGAGAACUAACAGUAUUUUAUAGUGGGUUAAAGAGGACGAUUUUGAUGUAAACAUUGCAGCCAGCAGUGUAAGAGCCUUAUGAUAAUGAGUGAACUCACCUCUUGACUAAAAAAUUAAUAUUUUCAUUUGUAGAGAAAAGUUUCCCGUCCCCCUUAAACCGCUAUAUUAAACACUCUACUGUAAGAGUGGACUUCUACUUAAAACUUACAGUAUUUUAUUUCACUUUUUAACUGGUUCUCCUAGGUGAGAUGAUUUUUGAGAUGACCACAGUUUGGCAUCGAGUACAUCCUUGAACUAUGUCAUUUAGUUAGUUACCUUUCCAGAUUCUUUAGUAUUCCAAAUUCUCUGGAAUAGCUCUUAAAGCAUUCUUGGAAACCCUGGAAUAUUAUUUAAACUGAUCUUCGUAUAACCUCGAUAGUUCUCCUUAGCUUUCUAUGACCUUAAUUGGAUAUUAAAAAUUUUCUGAUAGAACUUUUGUGGUUGACAUGUAAGAGUAGCCGUAAUAAUUAUUAAAUUGCUCUAAGCAGAACUGAUUCUUCUAGAGAGGAUGGUAUUCGGCAUAAACAAAGUUUGCAUUGAGAUCAUCUUUGAACUACGUAAUUUAUAUACCUUUUCAGAUUAUUAGUAUAUUAAAUUCUCUAGAAUAGCUGUUGAAGCUUGCUUGGAAAGCCUGGAAUAAUUUUUAAGCUACUCUAAGAACAACCUGCCUGGUUCUUUAAUGCAUUUUAUCAGCCUUAAUUAAAAUUGAGGAAUUCCUUGAGGAAAUGUGCACUAUUUGAAAGAUGAUUUUUAAAAUAAUGGUGUACCUUUCCGGUUUAUUGGGUAUUCGAAAUUCUUUUAUUUUUAAACUGAUCUAAAGAUAACCUGGAUGGUUCUCCAAAGCUUUAAGCUUUUUAUCGCCCUUUAUAUUUUAUAUAAAGAAAAAUCGGGCUCUGAAAUAGUUUUAUAUGUCAAGAGCCUGUAAUAAUUUUUCAAGUGCUCUUAAGAGAACCAGCAGUAUUUUAUUUAUUUUCUGUCAUUGGUGCGAAGGUAUUUAAGUCGAGCACAGUUUGACACUGAUAUCAUCUUUGAACUAUGCCAUUUAGAAACGUAUCAUCCAUUUUUCUCUAAGAGACCAAACGAAAACAAAACCAAAGGUGAGGACACAAAGUCACGGUCUCAUCCAAUCUAUAUAAUUUCUCAAAAAAGCUUAAAAGCUACACGUGUUUCGCUCCUGUCGGAGCAUCAUCAGGCCUAGACCUACACAGAUCCAACUUGACCAACUUGAGUUGUAUGUGAUGAAAGGAGCGAAACACGUGUAGCUUUUAAGCUUUUUAGAGAAAUUAUAUAGAUUGGAUGAGACCGUGACUUUGUGUCCUUACCUUUGUUUAUGCCAUUUAUAUCCAUUUCCAGAUUAUCUAGUAAACCAAAUUCUCUGGAAUGCCUUUUAAGAUUUGCUUGCAGAGCCUGGAAUAUUCUUUAAACUACUCUAAGGACAACUUGGAUGGUUCUCCAAAGCUUUUUAUUACCCUAAGUUUCUCCCAAACGUACUCGUAUCUCGCCUCUGGGCUACUGAUAUUGCUUCUAAGUCCUGUAACCCUAAAUCAAGACUUAGUCUAGUACCCUAAAAAAACAUUGGAUUAUACCACAUGGGAUUAUGGGAAAAUAAUAAUAAUGGACCAAAAAUGAAUUACAAAAAUAAAAUACUUGUUUUGUAGUUUAAUUCCUAUAAGUAGGCUUUAGUUUAUUUGUUAGUGUUAAUUUAUUGUAAUUUUUUUAAAUAAAAUGUAGCAUCAUUAUAUGUGAAAGAUAAUAUUCUUUUAUGUGAAUUCUUAGUUGUGCCAAUAAGUAACAUGUAUUUUUAUCAUAAAUUAUCUAUUAUGGUCCUUCAUAUGGCAGCUUGUACAUAUCAAUUUAGUUUUUAUGUUGUAAUUUAUUUUAUCAUGAGGCUUUCCGUACUUAAAUCUCAUUUUUGUUUUUUAAUUUAUGUGCCAAUACUAAGUACUAUUAGCCGAUAGGUAAUUAUUAUAUUUAGUUUUGUUUUUAUAAUUUUUUUUUUGUAAUUAAACUGUAACUUCAAUGGGAGUAAUGCUAGUCUGAGAGCGCCAAUUUUCAAUAAAAAACUUCAUUGUUUUAGUAAAACUGGCGCGGAGAAACCAUUUUUAGUCAUUAUUUUUAGGUAUUUAUUUAUUUAUUUUAUUUUUUAGUUUGUUUUUCUGAUUUGUAGCAGUCUAUCGCCAUAUCGGCUAAUGAUAUUAAAUAUCGCUUUCUAGUCAUUAGUUUUUAGUUCUUUUUUUUUCUUUUUUCUUUUUAAUUUAAAAUUAUAAUUUUGGCCGGUUUUCGUGCAAUAAACAACGUGUAUAAAAUAGCAAUAAACGAACGUAUAGUGUUAGAUAGUCAUUCCUUUUUGUGCGUAGGAUUUUUUAGAAUAAACGUUUGUGUAAUACAAUUAUUUCUGUAUUAUCAGUUUUUUUUGUGUAAUUUUAUAUUUUGAUCAAUAAACGUUUCUGACGA